AUGAAUUAUUUAAAAGAUCCAUAUGUCGUAAACAACGAACAUGAGAUAAAUAGAAAUAAUUGUUACUUACACGAAGAAGAAAAAAAAAAUAUAAAUGUACAACAAAAGGAUUUUAUAAAUGUACAACAAAAAGAUUUUAUAAAUGUUGAACAAAAAGAUUUUAUAAAUGUACAACAAAAAGAUUUUAUAAAUGUUGAACAAAACGAAUUUAUAAAUGUUGAACAAAACGAAUUUAUAAAUGUUGAACAAAAAGAUUUUAUAAAUGUUGAAGAAUCUAUUCCUCAAAAUAAUGAUAUAUGUUCAAGAAAAAGAUACAUAAAUUAUAAUAAUUUUAGUGGACCUUAUAAUAUACAUAACAAUUUUUAUAAUCAUUAUAAAAAACAAAAAAAACAUUACAACGCUAAUAAUUUUUAUCCAAGAAAUAAUAUAUUUUGCCAUAACCAACAAAAUGGGGUAUACCAUAUGAACAUAAAUAAUAUAAACGUUUCUAAGAAUGGUUGUAUUAUGAAUAAAAUAACGAAAUCAUUUGAAAAAAAGAAACAAAAGAAAAGCUCUUCACAUGGAUUAUAUAAACAUGUGAAUGAUACCACAACGUGUCUAUUAGAUAAUCAAAUAUAUGAACCGAAAAAUUUGUAUUUGAACACUGAUUCGUUUGUAGAUUGUGAACAAAAUAAAAAUGACUCAAAAAAGCAUAGAAAUAAUAAACAUGUAAGGGAUUGUGAAUAUGUUUAUAAUAGUGAGUUUGGACAAAAUUCUGAUGAGGGUGUUUCUUCUUUAUCAUGUGAAGACAAAUCUAUACACAAUCCUGUGAAACGAUCUUUUACGUUGAAUGACAAGAAUGCUGGUUCUGGUCAUUUUUUAAAUGAAAGAAUUGUGGAAAAUAUGAACUAUCAUAAUAACAAAUAUGAAGAUAGUAAAAACCAUGUGAGUAAUAAAUGUAUUAAUGACACCUAUUGUAAUAAUAAUAAUAAUAAUAAUAAUAAUAAUAAUAUAUAUGUAAAAAACGAGACGUGUAAUAAUUUUGUACCCAAUAAUCAUACAGAAAGAUAUGAAAAGAAUUGUGCACAUGUUAUCGAAAGAGAAGAAGAUAUAAUAAAACAUAUAACAAAAUAUAAUGAAGAAGGAAAAAGGAAAAAAAAAAGAAAUAUGGAUAUAUUGUCAAAAGAUGAGAUUUUAAAAGAUGCUAUAGAAUAUUUCCAGAAAUGUUCAUCAAGAAAUAUUGAUAAGGUAAAUUAUGAUAGUUCAUAUGAAGAUGAAAUGAAAAUAAAAAAUCUUCACCUUAAAGAAAAUAUGUGUUAUGUAUGUAAAGAAAAAGAACAUAUUUAUAAAUGCCCAUAUUGUGAAACUUGUACAUGUUCAUUAGUAUGUUCAAAAAAUCAUAAAAAAAUUUUUAAAUGUACCCAAAAGUUGAAAAAAAAUUUAAAAAUAAAAAAUGUUAGUAAAGGCAAUUUUGAUGAAUCCAUAUUAUAUAAAGAUUUUCUUUAUUUACAAAAUAUUGAAACUAUAAUACGAGGAAAUUAUAAAUAUAUCAAAGUUAAGAAUUAUGAAACUACAAAUAUAUGGUUAUUACAUAAUAAAAUAUUAAUUAAAUUAUUAAAAAAAAGAAAAAUUAUCUUAUUAAAAGCUCCUAUAUUUACAAAAAUACAUAAAGAAAAUAAAACAUUCAUAUAUAAUCAUAUUCUUUUCUGGACUAUCAAAAUAACAUUUGUUAAUCUUAAUAUUAGGAUUUUAUAUCAUGAAAUAAAUGAAAAUCUUACAUUUUUACAAAUUAUUCAAUAUUUAUGUUCUAAAAUGGAUAAAUUACAAACAAAAAUUUUUAUCUACCUUCAAAAUGUUAAAUCAAUAUAUGUAUCUUUGAACAAUGAACAACCAAAUAAACGAAGGAAAAAUCUAAAUCAUCAUCAAAAUAAAAACGAAAACAAUAAUUAUAAUAAUAAUAAUAAUGCAUGUGAUAUGAAAAAAUAUUGCUCCGUUCAGCAAGUUCUGAGGAAAUCAUUGUGGGGAAAAUCAUUUUAUGAAUACCCUCAUUUUCAUAUAGAAAUUUUAUAUGAAGAUAAUAAACCGAUUGUAAAUCCUUUGUAUGAGCUUGAGCACAAAAAAGAGGAGGAGAACCAACAGAAUUGUCAACAGGAAGGAGGUAUAGGGAAUAACAUUUAUAUGAGAGAAGGUGGUGACGAUAAUAAGGAAGGUGACGAGGAUAAUAAGGAAGAUGACGAGGAUAAUAAGGAAGAUGACGAGGAUAAUGAUGAAGGUGACGAGGAUAAUAAGGAAGAUGACUAG